AUGUCUAUUCCCAGUAUUCGGUCGGUCAUGAGCAGAAAUUACUCGAAACUAUCCUCCGGUUCCGAUGAAGUGAUGAAAAUGGCGCCCAACAGUCCUAUACCCGAGGUCCACGUGAACAUCGACCCCCCUUUCAUGACACUCAGCAAACUUCUCGACAAUAAGUCGACCAUCGUCAUCGAGCUAGAGAAUGUUCUUUACAAUCACAAUACAGCUUUUACUGCUGCUUGUCUACGAGUGGUGGAGGAACUCCAUAAAUGUUGCACUCUAAAUGGAUGGGGAUCUCCUGAGCAGCUUAACAAAGCGAAUUCGGACGCCAUGAAAGCAUCGCGCUCGGCAAAUGUCGAUAUAAAACCGAUAAAUCAUUAUUAUGAUGCGCGCAAUCGGGUCUCUGCAAUGGCAAAAGUCUACCCGAUAGAUACGAAGAGCAAGGAGUAUAAGAACAUGAAAAUCGACCUGCUCAGGAAACUUGCCGAUGACUUUACACAAACAUUUGGCGAACAUAUCUACCUUACAGAGAACGCGCUGUUGCUUCUCCAGAAGUUUCAAUUGCGGGGGAAGAAAGUUAUCCUUGUCGAGAAAAGCUCACAUUACCUUGCGACCGAUGUGGGCAAAAAAUUGGGUAUACAUGGCUAUGUCAACAGUCGCAUCGGGCCUCCUUCGAAAGAGUUUGGGCAUUUGAAAAGCAGUUUGAAGGAGUUGAAAACAUAUGCGGGUGAUACCAUAUAUAUCGGAUCUGCCUUGUAAGCAACAGCACCCUUUAUUCCCGACUCCAAUUCCCAUGAUCUCCCGAAGAUUUUCUAACUUUCUCUCGACAGCCGAGAAGAACCACCCGCUCCAUACGCAACCCAAAUUAUGUGUGAGUGGUAUGGGGAAUGUCGAGAACGAAGAAGUUGGGACAGAGGCAUUGCGUGGAUAAGCGGAUUCUAUUAUGCCUAUUCCUUAGGUGCUAUUUGCGAAGCUCUCGAGGCUGGUGAGGAGGCUUCCGCUUCGCAACAAUCCAAAAUCGUCCAGCCAGUCGAAAUCAACAUCAACACUCCGGAUUCUGGAGCUAACCUAACCCCAGGCUUAACGGCUCUACAGAACGGAAAGGAGGGAAAGAAGCAAAAGAAAAAGAAGAAUGGGAAUAAGAAGAAGUCUUGUAUCGUAUCUUAA